AAAAUACGCAACUGAGUCAAACGGCUUGCUAUAACGAGCAAUUUGUAUACCCUAAACGGGGUAAAUUAAGUUUGCUCAGAAUAAAACAUCAGAGACCCUAACCAAUAUAUGUGUACAAAUGAUCAGUAUAACGAGCUAAGUUGAUUUAACGAAAAAAAAUUUUGCACACUUUAUUUUCUCCCAAAAAGCUGUUCAUAUGUCAGAAACGCCGACAAACUGGCAUGGGGUAUUGCCUAAGACAAUCCAUUUUGAAGCCUGAAGAAGAAGUUAGUACUUUAGAAGCUGCUUUGCUUAAUAUGUUGAAAAAUUCGACCUUCUCGUAUGGUUUGGCCAUAACCCAAGUAUGCUACUCUGAUAACAUUUUCUCACCUGAGAUCCUGGACAUCAAGCCCAAAGAACUGCGUGUAAAAUUCCAAGCUGGUAUUGCCAUUUUAGCCGCUGUAUCGUUAGAGAUUGAUUAUCCAACUAUUGCUUCGGCAGCACACAGUGUUACCAAUGGUUUCAAGAAUCUAUUGGCUAUUGCUGCUACCACAGAAGUGAAUCAAAUUUUUUACUGCUGCUGCUGCCGCCGAAAUAAAGAAAGAAGCGAAAAAGGAGGAGUCGGAAUCAGAAGAUGACGAUAUAGUUUUCGGUCUCUUCGACUAAACAACCCAAUGCGUUAAGAUCGAACCACUAUAGCAUAUAGCUG